AUGUUUAAAAAAGAUAAAAAAAAUGGUGAAUCCGAAUUAACUGGCGAAUAUGCCAUUCCUAGCACUCGCAAAGCGAUGCUCAGUCACGUCGGAAAUGCAAUGUCGAUAGUCAGCGAUGUCAUUGAACCAUUUGUUCCUUUAUUCGGUAUCGUUGAUAAAGUCAUGGAUAGUUUGAAUACCAUUUAUGAUAAUGCGAAAUGCAAUAAAAAAAUGUGUGGAGCUUUAAUAGAUCGUAUUGGAAUUGUUGAACAGGCUACUAAGUCCUUAAAACGUAGAAAGAAUGAAAAUGCUGCAAAUUUUUCCAAACAAGAAUAUUAUCGUGCGUGGGUAAAAUUUACCAAUGUACUGAAAAAUAUUAAUGACUUUGCUAAAGAUGUGACACAACAAUCAGUAUUUCAAAAAUAUUUAAAUGCUAAUAUCGUUAAGGAAGCAUAUGACAAAAAUAUUAAAGAAUUUGAAGAUGCGUGUAGAGAUCUACAAUUUUCAAUUGAUAUAUCUAAUAUGAUUUCGGAUGAACAAAGAGAGGAAGAAAAUAAGCAAAUAUUAGAGGAACUUAAUUUGAUAGCAUGGGCAAUGAGCGAACUUUCAGAUGAUGUAAAAAAUAUUUCGAAACAGAUAACUAUUUUAUCGGAACAAUUAAGCUCCCAAAAAUUAAAUCCUGGUGAUAUUAAAGUUCCUUAUGUGAAAGGGUCCGAACUUACAUAUCCAGAAACCAAACCUGGUAAUGUAAGAGGAUCGCAAAGAACCAUUGUUAAAAGACUUUAUCAUAAAACAUGUCAAGUGGCAUGCAAAAAAAUUCAAGCUAUUGAGAAAAAUGAAACAGCUGGAUCUCGGAGUAUUCAAACACAAUUAGUUAUCCUCGGUUUAUUAGGAAAAUGUCCUAAUAUUAUUACUUUUUAUGGUCUUUCAGAGAUAGAACAAAAUGUUUACAUGGUUUUUGAAUGGGCGGAAUAUGGAAAUUUGAAAGAAGUUUAUGAAAAAUAUACAAUUCCCUUACCUACAAAGUUACAAUUUAUCUCGAAUAUAUUCAAAGGUCUUUAUUUUAUAUCUGAUGGUGAAGUUCUUCAUCAUGAUGUCCGAUGUGAGAACAUUUUGGUCACUAAAAAUCUUGAUGUAAAAAUAUCAAAUUUUGAAAUGUCACGCCAAAUUCACGGAAUAUCCACAACAAUUCUCAGUUUAGAGGAUUAUGUUCGUUGGUUGGCACCUGAAAAAAUGCGUGAUAUGAAAUACAGAUACAACCAUAAGUGUGAAAUAUUUAGUUUCGGAAUGUUGGUUUGGGAACUUAUUCAUCAAAAGAUUCCAUACAAAGAUAUGACUUUUCAUGAAGUACAAGAACACGUUAAAAAUAAGAAAAGAGAAUAUUUAUCAAAUCAACUUAAUUCAGAUCCGAUUUUAAUAGAAUUGACAAAACUUAUUAAAAAAACAUGGGAUGACGAUCCAGAGUUACGUCUAUCAUUUGCCGAAAUUUAUUUGUUAAUCAAAAAUUUAGAAAAAAGUGUGUUACCGACUUCUCCACGGAUUGAUCCUAAAACUGAUAACAGCGAUGUUAUUACAGAUCUUGAAUUAAGUCAAAGUCAUCAAAAAUCUGGUAGUAUCUCCUCUCAUUUUGACGAUCCUAAAAAAUGUCCUGAUAGUGAUGAUUGCUUCCUUGAUGACGGUUUACUAACACUUAUCAAACCAUUCGAGGAUGGAAUUAUAGCACAUAGAGAAAAGAGAUACAAGGAUGCUUGGGAAUGUUUUAAUGAACAUGCUAAUUUAGGACUUAGUUUGGCAAAAAAUUGGAAAGGUUAUUAUCUUGAAAAAGGACUUUAUAUAGAAAAAGAUGUAAUGGAAGGUUUAAAAUGGCUAAAAUCAGCAGCAGAUGAUGGUGUUCCUGAUGCACAACUUCGAUAUGCAAAAGGAUUAAUCAAUCUUAGUAAAAGUACUGGUAGUAAGGAAAAUUAUAAGACCAUUUUAGAAUAUAUGAAAAAAGCAGCUGAUGGAGGAAAUGAAACUGCUCAGAUUAAUUUAAGUAAAAUUUAUUUUACAGGACAAUUUGGAGUGAAAAAAGAUGAAAAAAAAGGAAAUGAAUUUUUUGAAUUAGCAUCCUUAAGAAAUCCAAAGCUUGUAAAACCCCAAUAG